CCGAUAAAUUUCUUCUUCACUUCUUAAUUAGCCGUUUGCUAAUAUCUUUUCAAGAAAGGUAAAAUAUUGAACUUUUUGGGUUUGGGUGAUCAUUUUCUCGUCGCAAUUAAAAUUUGUUGGAAGGGGGAGGGAAAAAGAUGGAAACGAGUAGGCAAGCUACUGGUCUAUCAGUUACAAUUUCCAAAUAAAUCAGUCGGUUUCGCCUACGCCUGCGUCGUGCAUUUUUCCAUCUUGAAAUUGGCCCGAAUCGGAAUCAAAUAUCAAAAACGCUGAAAUACGGUUUGAAGUGAGCAGCAAAUUCAAAUCCGUUUGCUCAAGAUGGAGACUUUGCCGACCACCUCAUCGAAAGCCGAUAGGCGAUGGAGAUCAAAGUCUCCUCAGACCUCAAAACCGUCGCUCGUGAUGGCUUUGUUCUCUUGCGUUGCUUGGCUUUACGUCGCUGGCCGGUUAUGGCAAGACGCAGAAAACCGAAAUUUACUUACCAAUCUUCUGAAGAAGAACUCAGCCCAGAGGCCCAAGGUUCUCACAGUUGAAGAUAAGCUAAUGGUCCUCGGAUGCAGGGACCUAGAGCGGAGGAUUGUUGAAGCUGAAAUGGAACUUACAUUGGCAAAGAGCCAAGGGUAUCUCAAAGGCCAGUCGCUGCAAAGUAGCUCUUCUGACAAGAGGCUUCUUGCUGUCAUCGGAGUUUAUACUGGAUUUGGGAGUCAUUUGCAAAGAAAGAAAUUCAGAGGGUCUUGGAUGCCCAGAGGUGAUGCCUUGAAAAAACUUGAAGAAAGAGGAGUGGUCAUACGCUUCGUAAUUGGUCGGAGUGCUAACCGAGGUGACAGCUUAGAUCGCCAUAUUGAUGAGGAACACAGUUUGACAAAGGAUUUCUUGAUUCUCGAAGGUCAUGAAGAAGCUCAGGAAGAGUUGCCUAAAAAAGUAAAAUUCUUCUUCAGUGCUGCUGUUCAGAACUGGGAUGCUGACUUUUAUGUGAAAGUUGAUGACAGUAUUGACCUUGAUCUGGAGGCUUUAAUUGGAGUUCUUGACCGUCGUCGUGGUCAAGAUGGGGCAUAUAUUGGAUGCAUGAAGUCAGGAGACGUUGUAUCAGAAGAGGGAAAGCCAUGGUAUGAACCUGAAUGGUGGAAAUUUGGGGAUGAGAAAACGUACUUCCGACAUGCAGCUGGUUCACUUUUGAUACUUUCGAAGAAUUUGGCACAGUAUAUUAACAUAAACAGCGUGUCUCUUAAGACUUAUGCUCAUGAUGAUACAUCAGUGGGGUCAUGGAUGAUGGGGGUCCAAGCAACGUAUAUAGAUGACAGUCGUCUUUGUUGCAGUAGCAUUAGACAAGACAAGGUUUGUUCCUUGGCGUGAUGGGAGGAGAACGGCUAGUCGUAUACAAUCUAGUAAAUUUAAAAACUCUUGUCUGAAUAUCAGUGCUGCCUGCGGAAGAUUGUGUAGUCUUUUGAGAUGCAUCAAAAUCCAGUGACAUGAUAACUCUCUGAUGCGCGUAGUGACAGUGAAAGGAUAGCUACAGAUUGAUGGACCUUAAUCAUUGCAGGCCAAUAGCAGCCAUUUUGAAGCUCACUUGAUAGUUGAUACCUCCUGAUGUUUUAUAACUUCUUUUAUUUUCCCCCUUUACCCCUACUUCAUUUGGCAUGUUAAACCAUCUGCCGAUGGGCAAAGAGAGAAACAACACUUGGAUUUUAGUACCGAAAAACAUUAGUGUAUGCUGGCGGCCCGUUCUUUAGUUCAUACUUGAUUCACUUUCA